AAUUUUCCGAGUCCCAAGACAAAACACAGUGUAAGAUGGGUAUUUCUAGACAAGAAAUAGUUGUCUCCGGUACCCUUUUGUUCGCUCUGCUUUGGACAACACCUCAUGCAGAAACCCUAGUGUACCCAAGGCUUCUCGAAAGCAGGACUGACGACGUCGACUUCUUGCUGCACGUCCGUGCGGGCCUCACUCUUAACCUUCGCAAGAGUUCAAUACUUGCAAAAGACUUCGUCAUUACAUCAUCCACUGACGCUGGAACAGACAACGUGGUCCUAAACGGAUCAGAGCUCGAACAGGACUUGUACCACAACACAGAGCACCGUUCUUCACUUCUCGUCAAGAGAAAACAAAAUGGCGUGGAGGUGAGAGGAAUCUUGAACGAUCAACUCAGGAUCACGCCGGCUUUUCUUGCCCAACGGUCCGAUGAAGGUCUCAUUCCUCACGAAGUAUUUACAGUGGAAGAAAGAUCAAGCACUUCUAGGAAUCUAACUGAACAUUCCAAGAAUGAAAAGUGCGUGACGGAGAACACGACAAGUGCUGGCAAAAGAAGUAAAAGCAACUGCAUUGAUGAAUUUGUUGUCGAGCUCUGCAUGGCAGCGGGGCCCUCAUACUGGCGUGCCUUCAAUGAAACUGAAGAUCUCGUCACCUAUAUAGCGACGGCAAUGAAUGCGGUUGCCCUAUGGUUCAUUGAACUGGAGGAUCCAGCGAUAAGGUUGCAGCUUAAUAGAAUUAUCAAACAUGAGUGCGAUUCCAUCGCUGGCAGAAGUGUCUGCGGACAAACACUCUACGAGCUACGCAAACACAACACCUGUGCAGCUGAGAUACUCGACGCAUUACAUGCUACCGUAGGCCUGGCAAAUCAAUGCGAUUUGAAAGAUUGCGACCUUGUUCUGCAGCUUACCAGGGGCGACCUGGCGAUGGAGGUCAACAGGACACAUAUCAAUAGGAAAGUUCAAGGUGUGACAAACUUCGGCGGAGUUUGCACAAACCAUAGUGCUGCAGUUGCAGAAGAUGAACCACGGACGUUCAGCGGAGUAUCUACGAUGGCUCAUGAGAUCGCACAUGCACUAGGGGCGAGUCACGACGGGGAAAAUCAAACACUUCCUAUCGACGGUUAUCCACAUGCGCUUAACUGUUCGUGGCAAGAUGGAUACUUGAUGAGCUCAUCGGGUGAAGGAAAGAAUAUGCAGAGGCUUUCAAACUGCACACAGGCCCAAAUCAAGUUUCUGGUCGAAACUUUGCCGGACUCUUGCAUACAGGUCGAUACAAAAGCCAACUACUCGAACGAUUAUUAUCCCGCGCAGAACAUGACUCCAGAAACAUUUUGUCGAAAGAAGCAUCCUCAACAUGAAGGUGUACAGGCGUAUAACCUAAGUGACACUGACUACCAAGAGUGCAAAAUAGACUGUUGCUGGAAGUUAAGCUUCGACAAUAUCCAAGCACGGGACGUCAUUAGUGUUGAAGACUCCGAUUAUUACGACAGUUCCUACGAAUACACAGGUCUCAGGGAAUGUCAGCGGCACCAUAUGCUGGAAGCAAUGUCGUGUGGCGAAAACAAGACGUGCUGGCGAGGUGUUUGCGGUGAACAUAACUGGACCGAGAUAUACAACAAGUACCAUACUGAACGCGCAUUCAAAACUCGAUAAUUUCUCUUACGCUACAAAUCGUACGACUCAACAAAGCACGACGUUACUUAUGCUGCUUUUGCGAACUCCAGCUUCAAGAAACAAAUAAGCCUAGAUUAUGAAUGCCAUAGAAGCGGAAAACAAAGAGGGAGCCGUGGAACAACGAUAAUAAAUGUUUUUAUAUG